AUGGCUCCCGAUGUCGAAUGCCCCAUUUGUCUUGAGGGGAUCAAAUCUUCAGACAUCAUAGGCAUCGUUUACCCUUGCUCCCAUCACUACCAUGAACAGUGUCUCCUACAAUGGAGCACCCAGUCCAACUCGUGUCCUACGUGUCGAAAACCGUUCCACAAGGUGAACAUAGCAGUGAAAAGUAACCCACAGGUGGUAUUGCGGUCCUAUAAUGUUCAAGAUAAGCUUAUGCCCAAUGAAGCUAUUAACAAUAUCCCUCCUGAGUUUGUGAUUCCACCUAGUGUGGUGCCCCAGCGAGAGAGGGUCGAGCAAGAGAGAGAUAUUCAGCCUGGUGGAGUUUGCCAGGUAUGCUCUAGCGCUAGCUAUGCGCUUCGACAGCGUGCUAUGGUGAGCUGUGUGGCGUGUAAUGCUUCAUUCCACGUAUCGUGUCUCGGUGCUGCUUCCCAUGAACCUGGAUCUUCUGAGUGGUUUUGCCCCGUAUGUGAUUGCUUCCAGGAGUUAUAUACUUCUGGUCUGAGCCGAUCUAGAACCAGACGGCCAGCUCGUGCGGUAGUGGGUUCGAGAAACAGUUCGCUUAUCACGACAGAUAGUGAUUUAGCUGAAGCUGUCUUUGAAGAUAGCCUUGAUUCACUAGAAGCAGUAGCCCCUCCUUUGGAGCGCCGUUCCAGGUCCAAUGUACUUAAUGGGGGCGUUCUACUACGGAGAGAAGAAAGAGCUUUACGAAACCUUACACCUGAAGAAGCUCAUCUGUGGGAUAUGUUCGAGCAGGCUCGUACUGGCAAUCUGGAUCUUGCACCUACCACUACUGUUGAAGAGAAACCCAGAAGAAAAAGAAGAAGGCGAACCACCGAGGCUGUUCCUCUAGAGUCUCUGUCGUCACAGGCUGCAAGCGGUCAAGGGACCUCAGAGAGUGGUUCGUCUCGCAUUGGCUCACUAAUGAAUCAAAUCAAACUGAGACCACAGAGGGGUGGAACCGUACCAGAGGAACGCUCUUCAACUUCUUUACCCUUACCACUGGUGGCGCCGCCGAUUACUCGUUUAUCUCCUAUGAUCAGCCCAGUGACGAGCGACAGUGAAUCCGAAUCUCGAAGACCACUCUUCGAUCGUACUGGAAGAGAAUUGACUCUAGAACAAAAACGAAUGGUCCAAAAGUAUGUGCGUGAUAAUCUUCGACCAUUGUAUACCCCGAACGAGACCUCUAGAAGAGGUACAAUUACCACAGAGGAAGAAUACAUCCGCAUAAACAAGAGCAUAUCUCGCAAGAUCUACUCGGCCAUUUUAUCACUGGAAGAAGAGGAAGGUCCCCUGAUCUAUGAAGACUACUUUGGUAGCCAUAGCUCGAAACUUAGAGACCUCGUUGAUUGUUGCGUGCAACGUGAAUUAGCAGGAGUAAGAUAUGGAUGA